ACUAACCUGAGACAUUGUGUAUGCUUCUGGGAUCUAGUAGAUAUGGCCAUGAAAAGUGUGCGAGUAGCAUUGCUAUUAUGGACAACAGCUCUCUUGUCAUGGAGGACCCUCUGCCUGGCCGAGCUGAUAGAGGACCAAGGGCAUGCAUCGUGUGUCACUUCCAGUCGACGAGAUAAGAACCUCUCCGGUCAGAAUGUUACCAAUGUUCCUUUGGAUCUGAAUAAUGAGACGCAGUCCCUUGACAUUUCUCACAACCCCCUUGUGAAACUGCAGGCAGCCCCCUUCCAAAGACUCUCACAACUCUGCUUCCUGAAGGCUACCAGCUGUGGUCUGACGGUAAUAAAUCCUGGCUUAUUCGUUCAUACCCCGAAACUGAAAUUCCUGAACAUAUCUAACAAUUUGUUAGAUCAUAUCCCUGAUCUAUCACUGCCACUGCUUAAGAUCCUGGACUUGGCCGGCAACCAAUAUGGCAGCUAUCAAUUACCGGCCACUUUUCAGACGUUGGCAAAUCUGUCCGCCCUUUAUUUGGGAAGUGAAAAUGCUUUACAAGUGGACUUCAAUGAUUUUGAUUCCCUCUCGGAUAGCUCGUUGAAACAUCUCAUCCUUGGAGGAGGUGUUGAGUGGCAACGGUACGAUCAAGGUUCUCUUGCGAAGAUGAAAUCCCUCCAGAAGAUAACCCUCAAAGUGCCUUUUUGUGAGAACUUUGAUUUAUUUGAAAACCUGCUGGAAGAUGUGAAUGAAACGCAAACAACCGAUUUAGAGUUGGUCAACGUACUUCCUGACCUCUGCAAUGUGACCGGGGACCCUUUUAGGAGCCUGAGAGCGAUGCCACUCAUAAAGGAUUUCACCAUUGUAAACACUUGGAUUAACAGCAGUUUCUUUGUGUUAUUUUUGAAGAAUGUUCUACUUUCCAAUGUUCGAACACUUACAUUUGUAAACGUAACCUACAAUGAAGAUACAGCUGAAGGAUUUAGGUUCCCCACUCUGAAUCACACCAUCGUCCUACGGUCCCUUAUAUUUGAUGGAGUAAAUCAUUACCAAUACAGAUACCCCUCUAUUGAAAUUAGUGUGGACAUGUUUUCCAAGAUGGACUAUUUAAAGUUCUCAGGCACAGGAAUGAACAUUGUACCUUGCAAGGUUAUGUCCUCCUUGCCGUCCCUGGAAACCCUGGACCUCUCGAACAACCUACUGUCUGACACAGGGUUCUGGUGGUCUGGGUGCUCCUAUACCUCGGUGUUUCCCAAACUAAGGCACCUCUCUUUGAGCAAAAACCGCUUCGUUGACCUUUCCUUCAUCGCUCAGCACACCCACCAGAUGAAGUACCUGGAAUCUUUUGACUUGAGUUUCAACUCCAUUUUUUUGGAUAAACCGUGCUUUUGGCCCAUCCACAUCACAUCGCUGAGCCUGAGCAACAACAACCUGGGCAACAAAGUAUUUUCCUUCCUGUCCGAGUAUUUACAGCGAAUUGACCUGUCAAAGACAGGCAUCACCGCCCUGACAGAAGAAGACCUUUUGCAAUUUCCCAUGUUGACACACCUUUUCCUGAGCUUCAACAGCAUUAAGGUCAUCCCUACGGAUCUAUCCCCCACCUUGGUCAGUCUGUACAUAGAUCAGAAUUCCAUGACAUCCAUCUCCCGGGAGUCUCUGGCGGGUCUUCCAAGUCUCAGGACUCUGAAAGCUGGAGACAACCCCUUUGUCUGCUCCUGUGACUCCUAUUGGUUCAUGACUGCUCUGAACAAAUCCUUGCUGCCCGACUGGCCCUUGGAUUAUACCUGCAGCACUCCCCCAUCUGUGGCUGACCUGCCGAUGUCCGAGUACAGAACCAGCAGGAUGUCCUGUGAGGCCUGGCUUCAGGCUGCCGUGGCGUUGCCCGUGACGAUGCUCAUCGUGCUGGCCCUUUGCUCUGCGUUCUACGCCUGUGACGGAGUGUGGUACACCAAGAUGCUGUGGAUGUGGAUCCGCGUGAAGAGGAGAGGCCAGAAGCAGGCCAACCUGCUGAACAACACGACGUUUCGGUACCACUCGUUCAUCUCCUACAGCCACCAAGACUCCGCCUGGGUGGAGAGCAAGCUGGUGCCGUCCCUGGAAGGGGCCGGAAUCUCCCUGUGCAUCCACGAGCGAGACUUUGUGCCCGGCCAGUGGAUCGUGGAUAACAUCAUCAACUGUGUGGAGGAGAGCUACAAGACACUGUUUGUGCUGUCCAACCACUUUGUGCAGAGUGAAUGGUGCAACUACGAACUCUUCUUUGCCCAGCAUAGAGCUAUUGACGCCCAGCAAGACUCCCUGGUCUUCAUCCUGUUGGAGCCUAUUCCGACCAACUCUCUGCCCAAGAAGUUCUUGAAACUGAGGAGAUUGCUGAUGCAGCAGACGUACCUGGAGUGGCCCAUGGAUGAGCGAAAGCAGCAGGUGUUCUGGGUCAACCUCAGGUCUAUGCUACAGGUGGCGGACCACCGGAUCCUGAAGGACAUGGCCCUAGAGUUAACCCAAAGCGCUUCUCUGAUCCCACACGAUUUGGUUCCUUUGUUAAAAUGAUGACUGCAGUCCAAAAUGAAAAUUGUGUGUGGCCCAUUAAAAGAUAAAUGUUUUACAUUUUAACUAUGAUUGCCUGAAUGAAACUCGACAAAACUGAUCAAUUAAAGUAUUUUUUCCGUACAUAUUUCUGGUAAAACUUACUUUCUUUUUAGUUUAAGUACUGCAUUACUUUUGAUUUCUGUUGAUUGUAUUCAUCAAUAUUUUUCUUUCCUAUGUUUGUUACGAAAGUAAAUGUCUCCACUCAGUGUCAAUAUAGAGAAAUGCACGCCAUUGCAUCGCGUGGUGCAAUAGGAUAUUUUAAAAAAAUAUACAGUCGACGUAGCCUACAUAUGAAAUUUACGAAAACAUCUAUCUAUGUAAAUGUGUGCAUAAAGACGCAGCCUUUGCGAUAUCCGAAGCUGUUAAUUCUCAUUUCGCAUUUCAAUAAAGAACUUUUAAAUCAGUGUCUUCA